AUGUACGGCGACGACGAGUGGACUCGAGUCGCGGUCGACCCUUCGCCGCUGCGCGCCCAAGUUCCGGCCGAGGCCGACGCAGGCCCUUCGACCGGCGCCUUCGUCCCGCUCGAUGCGCCCUCGCUCGCACGAGCGCGCGCUCACCUCCCCGCCGUCGUCCCGGCGUCCGCCUCGACGCCGCCCUCACCGACUCGCAAUCGGUCCGACCGUCCACCACGGCCGAUGAACGCCUGGCUCCUGUUCCGCACGGCGCAGCUGCGCCAGAUCCAGGAGGACAACCCGGGCUUGCGCAAGAGCCAGGGCGAGUUGAGCAAGCUCAUCUCGGAGAUGUGGAAGAGUGUCUCGCCCGAGGUCAAGCAUGGCUACGAGGACCUCGCGCGCCAACGCAAGGUCGAGCACGCCCGCAUCUAUCCCGACUACCGCUACGCGCCCGCCAACAAGCCGGCGCCCAAGGUCAAGGCGUCCAAGACGAGGCGCGUCGCCUCGACCGGCACGUCACGCGCGACCCGUCCGUCCCUGCGCCUGUCGCCUUCUCGGAACGGCGCCUACCCGGACCACGGCUACGACCCAGAUCUCGACCUGAGCGUCGGCGACCACCUGACGGCGCCCAACUCGACGUCGACCUCGCGCUCGGCGACCCACUCGCCGCACUAUGGCACGCUCCCGACGCCGCCGACCGCCUCGUGGCACAAUGGCGGCGCCGUCGCGCCCGCCGGGUACGACGACCUGUCGCCGCCGCUCGAGGCUCGCCAGCCGACGUUCGCGUACGACCACGACCCGUCGCAGCAGCAGCGCUACGUCGGCCUCGCACGGUCGGCGCCGCCGCAGAGCGCGCCGGCCGGCACGGCGCACUUUGCUCCGCCGUCGCCCUCGUCCUCGUCAGCUCUCGGCCUCUCGAUUGGCCCUCCUCAUCAACCUGUUCCGACCCACCGCCGCGCCUGGCUCACCCAGCUCCAGCCUUCGAAUCCGCCCGGACCCCUCCCCGCCGCGCGCCAAUCCUUCUCGUAUCACCCGUCGCACCUCAACCCGCACCUCGAGCCCCAGUACAUCUCGCCGCCGUCGUCCGCCACGCACCCUCCCUCGCCAUACGGCUCGAGCGCGCCGCUCUCGGGCUCCAGGUCGUUCGCCCACCGCGCCUCGUACGGCGAGCCGGGCCCAUCCUUGCCGCCGCUCAUGUCGCACCCGCACUCUCGGCAGCCGCAAUACUGGGCCGACGAGCCGGCGCCGUACCCGCAGUACCCGCCCGAGGCGCACCACCACGACCACCACCACCACCACCCGUCGUCGCACCACCACCUCGCGCAGCCGCCGCAAACCUGGCAAGACGCCGUCCCGCAAGAGCAGCCGACGAGCGUGUCGCCCAUGGCCGUGUACGGCCUGCCGGGGCCCGCCGCAGCGUCGUCGUCGUCGUCGUCGUCGGUCACGCUCCCGCCGCUGCACGAGCACGUGCGCGCGCAGAGCUACUACGCCGACGAGGCACAGCCGCCGCAGGUCGGGUCGGUGUACGGCGUCGACCCGCAUCAGCAGCACCUCGCCCAGCAGCAGCAGCAGCAGCAGCAGCAUGACGAGUACGCCUACUCGGCCGCGUACGAGCACCCGCAGCCUCGCCGUCCAGCGCCGAGCCCGCACGACCGCGACGGGUCCUCGUGCUCGAGCGAGUACUUCGAGUACCACCAUGCGGCGCGGUGA